AUUGUUGCGGAUUAAAAACGCAUCUCUAGGUUAGGUUUAAAGAUUUGUUCUCAUCCUUUUUCUUGUUAAUGUCCCUCGAGAUGCGGUUUUCCUAAACAACUCCAUUUUCCCUCCUCCUCCUCAUUCAUCCAUCCUAAUCUCUCCAUAACUCUUUUUAAUUGAAUGGGAACUCUGAUUCCUGCUUCAGAAAAUGAGAUAUGUUUAUUAAACCAGGAGGUAUCCCUUAUAGACCAAGUUUCAAUAGUGGCAGACUAUGAGAGAUUACCUUCUUCCAAUGAUUCAUCUUCUAAAUUAAUUCCACCACCAUCAAGUAGCAGUAGUGUUAAUGUAAAUCCUGCAAGCAGUAGUGCAACUGGAAACGAACAAGUAAAGAAGGCAUUAUAUAAAGUUGGUCAGAGAACAUCGAAUUUUCGUGGAGUUACUAGUUUGUUCUGCAGACACAGAUGGACUGGCAAAUUUGAAGCACAUCUUUGGGAUAACACUACCAUAAGUGAAACCCGGAAACGCAAAGGAAAGCAAGUAUAUCUUGGUGGAUAUGAAACUGAAGAGAAAGCAGCACAAGCAUAUGACCUUGCAGCUUUAAAGUUGUGGGGAGCAGGAGCACAUUCUAAAAUGAACUUCCCAAUUCCCAAUUAUGCAAAAGAAGUUGAGGAAAUGAAAGACAUGUCACGUGAGGAGUAUAUUAAUUCUCUAAGAAGGAAAAGCAUUUGCUUUGCAAGAGGCAAUUCGAUUUAUAGAGGAGUCACAAGACAACAUGAAGGUCGUCGAUGGCAAGCUAGAAUUGGUAGGGUGGCAGGUGGUAGAGAUAUCUAUCUUGGAACAUAUGACACCGAGGAGGAAGCUGCAGAGGCGUAUGAUAUUGCGGCCGUUAAACUUCGAGGAAUGAGUGCCAUUACCAAUUUUCAUAUCAGUAACUACUACAAGGAAGGCUCAAAGGAACUGGAUAUUGUCCCUAUAGACGUUACAGAGAAAGAGCUUCCGAAAGUGAAAAUUAGAAGAUUCAUAAUGCCGUGAACUUGAGUGAGGUGAAGAAAAAGAAGGUUUAGAUGUGGGUGAUGAAAUCGCUUUUUUGAAUUUUUUUCAACUUGUAAUGGCUAGAUUGCCUAUCCUAAUUUAUAGUCUGUAUACCUCUCCUGUCCUAGUAAUUCAUAAUAGAUGAACUGUGUCUUUUGUUUAAAAGUCUUCCUCUCUUUGUCUUC